CAUCAUCUGGCCACUUUUGACAGAUUGACGUGGUUCGCGGAUCGACGACGGACAAUUUUGGAUUUUUCCUGUUCGAAGGCAUCAGUUCUUUUGUCGAUCAUAGGAUAUUAACAGCCGUCUGAAACUGCUAAGGAAGAAAAUCUCGUGCCGGAACCUAUUUCGGCUGGUUGUGCGUUGAUCGGAGUAGAACUGGAUAGUUCAAUAAUUCGUUAGUCUUUCGCUCUUCGAAGGGUGAGUGUAAGUGAGAAGUAAAUGAGACAGCAAGAAUCAGCAGUGGCAGAAAGAUGGUGCAAUAAUACCAAGGGCAGAUUAGGAGAGAAACUGAAAUUACAAUUUUCAGUAUUCUUCAAGUGUAUGUGUUAUUUCUAGUUCCUUCCGGAAAAAAGUGCUAAGCGACUUGACUAAAUUCUGGAGGAGAAAGACUGAAAUAGGUAUCAAACAUCUUGUAAGCAGCAUGAUGAAUGAGGAGGUCACUCCCAGUAAGAAUGUGGUAGCACAGUUCUUCAAACGGAUCUCUCAGCUUUACCAACUUCAAUUAGACCGAUGGACACCGCACACCAAACUUCGAUGGGCAGCGGCUAUCGCGCUAGUAUUACUCUUCCUGCUCCGAGUAUUCACGAAACAGGGCUGGUAUAUUGUGACCUACGCUCUAGGAAUUUAUCAUCUCAAUCUGUUUAUAGCGUUCCUUACACCCAAGAUUGAUCCGGCCCUCGAUCUGGACGAUGAUCAAGGUCCCGAGUUGCCCACCAAAUCUAAUGAAGAAUUUCGACCGUUUAUCCGCCGGUUGCCGGAAUUCAAGUUCUGGUAUGCCGUCAGCAAAAGCACCGUGAUCGGAAUCGUUUGCACUUUCUUCGAGGUGUUCAAUGUGCCCGUGUUUUGGCCGAUUCUGGUCAUGUACUUUAUCACGCUGUUCUGCAUCACGAUGAAGCGACAGAUUAGGCAUAUGAUCAAAUACCGAUACCUACCGUUCACUCACAGUAAGCCCCGCUAUCAGGCGGUCCCGACGGAAAAGUGACAAUUAAAAGCACAAACUUUGCCACCAGCGUCAUCGUUAUCCCCGUCGUCGUCUUCUUCGUCGUCAGCUUCUUCUUCGUCGGCCGCCGCCGUUGGAGGUGUUGCCUCGGCCGAGGUCUUCGGUACCUCCUCGUUAGCAACCAUCGUUCCAGCAGCAGUGCCUAGCGGAUCACUGAUUGCGACCGUCUGAUGAGAUAGCAAAUAACAACAACAGCAACAAUAACAGAAGAAAACAAAACAAGUAACUUUCGAGAUUGGGUUGGGAACGCACCAUACUGCAAUUUUUGCUACAGUUUGAGCAUAGGAUUUCUUCGUCGACCUUUAAUUUGGUGCUGUUUUCAGUUUUUCUUCUGUUGGACGCAAAGUGAUGAUUCGUGUAUCCUACAAUAACAACGUAAAACAGGACACGAACAUGGCAUUGAUUUGUGCUUACAACGAUCGUCUAUCUUUCGUUUGUCGGGAAAAUCUAUUCCUCUACCAAAUAUGUAAACACGUUUAAUUCCACCUAAACAAGAUAAUCGGUGGUUAUGUGAAGCUAUGUUAGUAAAUGUUAUGUCCGAAAAGAGUUUUCCAACGGCUGUUUCUUUGUGUAUAUUCAUUUCUUGUUUCAAAAAUGUCACAAAGUUGGAUCAUUUUUGAGUGUAUUCAGUAUAUUAGUUAUUAUUUCCUUCUUUAGUUGAUUAAUGCUAUACCAACGUUAAAUUAGUUUUAAUCGUACAUUAAUCGAUUUUCUCGAGAUAUAAUUUGCAACUCUAACAGAAAAAUAUGAAUCCUACAAUCCGUACAUGUGCGUGCCCUUCAAAACCUAUAAUGUUUCGUUUGCAUAUUGAUUAGGCAGAAAAAUAACUAACUAACAAUGAACAGAUGCAAACUCGUGUUUUACGUAGGCUUAGUUAUGUAUUAAUUGGAGAAUGUAAGGUUUUUCUUCUUUAGAGACUAUUAUUAUGUCACAAACAAAUUGCAAAUGAUAGAAGAAAACACGAUGCAAGUGCAGUAGAGUACCGGGAACUAUUGACGUCAUUUAGAAUAAAACAUACAAAACAUGGGUAGAAAAAUCCUACGGGAAAUAAACUUAUACACAUGUACGAAAACACAAGACCCAGCAUUGUAAUAAGAAAAACUUGGAUAACCAAAUAAAUAUUGACAAAAUCAAAA